AUGGAUACUUGCGCCACUCAACGGAUAUCCCGAAUACUUUUAACUGGUCCACCAGGAAUUGGCAAGACAACAAUAUGCAAAAAAAUAGUUAAAAUAUUUGAGAAAUACAAUUUUAACUAUGAUGGAUUUUAUACUGAAGAAAUAAGAUCCUCGGAUAAAUCAAGAAUAGGAUUUGAUAUUGUCCCGUUGAAAAAUUCUGAUCAACGAAAUUGGCUUGCACGAACUGAAGCUGCUUUAGAAGGAAGAAAACCAUCAAAAAUAAAAGUAGGAAAUUAUCUAGUCUUUGUUGAUAAAUUUGAAAGUGUUGCAUUACCAAGUCUACAAUCAAAAUCAGAUAUUCUGAUGAUCGACGAAAUUGGCAAAAUGGAAUUAUUUAGCAAACAAUUUUGUGAUUCUGUAGAAAAAUUAUUUUUAAAAAAUUCUUCGAAGACUAAAUUCAUCGUUGCUACGAUUCCUGCAAAAAAUAGAGUUCCACAACGCCAUCGCAGUUUAUUUGAAAAACUUUAUCAGAGAAGUAACUGUAAAAUUUAUGAAGUUAACAGACAAAAUCGAGAUAAAUUACCUGAAGAAAUAGAGAGUAUAAUUAAAGUAAUAAUGAAUUAA